UGCUGGACCAGCACCACUUGUUGUUUACACGUGAGAUAUUGGAUGUGAGUGGAGUCUGAAAAACCCUCCUGUUGGUUGAUUAGAUCUGUUUUGAAGAGCUCCUGUCUGUGCUCGUGUAACAGCGAUCUCUGCGCGAGAUGGGGAGACUGAGAAAGAAACAUAACUGGAAGGGGAGGCAGCAGGACAGCGAGACCCGACCGGCACCGGUGGAAGGGAAGCCCGCGACAGAUGUAGUCGUGGAGUUUAAAGAUGGGGCUAAUCUGAAGGGGGUGGACGAGAGCAACGCGCUGGUCCUCCCAGCCUCCAAACCCAAGGAGAAGAAAGGCCUGCAGAAGCCAGUGCGUAAGAAGCCGCCUCUCACUAAGAAACAGAGGAAGAACCUGGAGAAAGUUCUGGAGCUCAAAGAGAAGAAAGCUCAUAGAGCAGACAUCCUGACCAAGCUGUCAGAGGUGCAGAUUCCUGCGGCGGAGCUGAAACUGCUCUACACCACCUCCAAGAUGGGCACAGGAGACAAGCUGUACCAGAAUAAACAGACCCUGGAGGAGGUGGAGGAGGGAGGCUCCGGGCCCAGGAUCAACAGCGUGAGCGGAGCCAACAGGAAGAGGACGUGGACCCAUCUGCAGGACGAGGAGGAUGAGGGGGCGGCGGACGAGGACAGCAGUGAUUUAGACACUUCCUCUGAUGAGGAAGAGUUGGAGAACGGAGGGGUGGUGGAGGAGGUGGAGGAGGAGAGGAAGACCGAGGAGCCUCCUCGUCCCUGUCGGGAGGAGGAGGUCAAGAAAGCGAGGGAGGAGACGGAGGUGAGGAGAGAGGGGACGGCUGCGGCCCAGCGCUCGAGUAAGACCGACUCCCAGCCGGCUGUCUUCAUACCCGUGGACCGACUGCCCCAGAUACAGGAGGCCCGUCUGAGGCUGCCUGUUCUCGCUGAGGAGCAGGUGAUCAUGGAGGGGGUGAAGGAGAACCCCUUCGUGGUCCUCUGUGGAGAGACAGGAAGUGGCAAGACCACCCAGGUGCCCCAGUUCCUGUACGAGGCUGGCUACGCCAGUGGAAGUGGGAUCAUAGGUGUGACAGAGCCCAGGAGAGUGGCAGCCGUCAGCAUGUCCCAGAGAGUGGCCAAGGAGAUGAACGUGUCCACACGGGUGGUGUCGUAUCAGAUUCGCUUCGAGGGGAACGUGACGAGUGACACCAAAAUCAAGUUCAUGACAGACGGUGUCCUGCUGAAGGAGAUUCAGAAGGACUUCCUGCUCCAGAAGUACAGUGUGAUCAUCAUAGACGAGGCCCAUGAGAGGAGUGUGUACACGGACAUCCUGGUCGGCCUGCUGUCUCGCAUCGUCCCCCUGAGGAACAAGAAAGGCCUCCCCAUGAGGCUGCUGGUCAUGUCUGCCACCCUGCGCGUGGAGGACUUCACAGAGAACAGGAAGUUGUUUCCCUCGCCCCCGCCCGUCCUCAAGGUGGACGCCCGGCAGUUUCCUGUGUCGGUCCACUUCAACAAGAGGACCCCGCUGGAGGACUACUCUGGAGAGGUGUUCCACAAGACCUGCAAGAUCCACCGCAUGCUGCCCCCAGGGGGGAUCCUGGUGUUUCUGACGGGCCAGGCGGAGGUCCAAAGCGUCUGCCGGAGACUGAGGAAGGCCUUCCCCUGCAGGAGAGAACACACCGACACUGGUGAGGGGGAGGAGCCAGACGCCUCGGAGGAGAUGAGGAAGUUUAAGAAGGCCAAGCAGAAGAAGGCUGUGUCGCUGCCGCGGAUCGACCUGGAUAACUACUCGGCUCUCCCGGUGGACGAGGCAGGCGAGGACCGGCAGGCGGGGGUUGGCGAGGACGAGGGGUGGGAGGGGGAGGGGUCCUUCCUGGAUGAAGGAGACGACCCCGGGAACACAGAGGAGAAGGCAGACCCCUCCCAUCCCCUCUACGUCCUCCCUCUCUACUCUCUCCUCGCGCCCGAACAGCAGGCCAAGGUGUUCAGCCCGCCCCCUCCCGGAGCGCGUCUGUGCGUGGUGGCGACCAACGUGGCGGAAACCUCCCUCACCAUCCCGGGGAUCAAGUACGUGGUGGACUGCGGCCGCGUCAAGAAGCGCUUCUACGACCGCGUCACCGGGGUAUCCUCCUUCAAGGUCACGUGGACCUCACAGGCCUCGGCCAAUCAGAGAGCUGGGAGGGCCGGCCGAACGGAACCCGGGCACUGCUAUAGGUUGUACUCGUCUGCAGUGUUCUCAGACUUCAGCCCGUUCUCCGAGGCAGAGAUCACUCGCAGGCCUGUAGAGGACCUGGUUCUGCAGAUGAAAGACCUCAAUAUAGACAAGGUGGUGAACUUCCCGUUCCCCACCCCUCCCUCCAUGGAGGCCCUGGUAGCAGCAGAGCAGCUGCUGGUCUCCCUGGGGGCCUUGGAGGAACCCCCCCGCACUGGACGGGUGAAGGACAUCGAGCGUGCUCGUCUGAGCUGUCCCGUCACCCCCCUGGGCCGGGCCAUGGCCUCCUUCCCCGUGGCGCCGCGCUACGCCAAGAUGCUGGCCCUGGGCCGGCAGCAGGACUGCCUGCCCUACGUCAUCGCCGUGGUGGCCGCCAUGACGGUGCGAGAGAUCAUGGAGGACCUGGACAGACCGGCCGGCAGUGAGGACGAAAGCUCCAAGCUGGCCCAGCGCCGGGCCCGGCUAGGCCAGAUGAGGAGGCUGUGGGCUGGGCAGGGAGCCUCGCUACUCCUGGGGGAUCUCAUGGUCAUGCUGGGUGCCGUGGGGGCCUGUGAGUUUGCCGGCUGCACAGCUCAAUUCUGUGAGGAGAACGGGCUGAGGUAUAAAGCUAUGAUGGAGAUCAGGAGGCUCAGAGGGCAGCUGACCAACGCAGUGAAUGCGGUGUGUCCGGCGGUGGGUGUGUUCGUGGACCCCAAGAUGGCCCCGCCCACAGAGAGCCAGGUGGUGUGCCUGCGUCAGGUGGUGCUGGCGGGGCUGGGCGACCACCUGGCCCGACGGGUCCAGCCCGAGGAGAUGCUGGACCCCAAAUGGAGGAACGGUUACAAGACAGCUCUCCUGGAUGAGCCUGUGUACAUCCACCCCUCCUCCGCCCUCUUCAAAACCCUGCCAAUGUUUGUGGUCUACCAAGAGGUCAUGGAGACCACCAAGAUGUACAUGAGAGGUGUGUCAGCGGUGGAGCCAGAAUGGGUGCCCCGCCUGCUCCCGCAGUACUGCCAUUUUGGCUCUCCCCUGUCGAGCCCGGCGCCCUGGCUGUGUGAGGCCACAGGCAGGGUGAGGUGCCACUGCCCCAGCACCUUCUUCCGUGUGGCCUGGCAGCUUCCUGCUAUGGAGAUGGAUUACCCAGAAGGCCUUGACCGCUACAAGCUGUUCGCCAGGUUCCUGCUGGAGGGACAGGUGUGUCCUAAACUGAAGCGGCACAGUGCCCACCUUCUCUCCAGCCCGUCCAUCAUGCUGAAGACCUGGGCCAAACUUCAGCCCAGGACUGAGGCUGUGCUUGGGGCCCUGGCCUCUGAAACGGUGGACUGCAGAGAGGCUCUGCUCACUGCCUGGAAGAACAACAGCCAAUUCCUCUUGUCUGCCUACUGCCAGUGGCUUCCUGAGGCUAUGCACCAAGAGGUAGCAAAGAGCUGGCCACCGGUCUGAACAGAGACACACACACAAUCCUGAACCCAGCAGACAGGAGGGCGAUCCUGAGACGGACACGACUCAGACCUCUACCAAAACACAGCACCUACAGUGCCAGUGACUACCUUCGACACACAAUAUGUGCAGCGGUUAUUCCAGGGCUUUCUCCUCUGAGCGUUUUAUAUGUCUGUGUAAAGCAGGGUACUCUCUGUGGUGGACGAAGGGGCUUGUCAUUAUCAUGUGUAGUUGCACCUCUGUUAGAGCCAUUGUGGAUUUUCUACUACUCCUGUUCUGAUCAGCCUGUAUGCUGCCAAUACUGUAUGUAUGGUCUUUGUAAGACUUGUAUUAAAUUGUGUGGUUUUGAAUGAA